AUGCCAGACGGUUCGCCGUUCACGUCAAAGGACCACGACAAAGGGCGCAUCUGCGAUCCCGUGGGUCCCGAGGGCAAGUUCCUGAUGUACGAGUCGGCGACCAAGGGGGACAGGCCCAACAACGACCGCUUCUCGCCCUGCAGCAUCGGCAAUAUCAGCGCGAUCCUGCUGCCAUUCUUCAAGGGAGAGCUCCCACGCGAGAUUUGCUUCCAGAGGCCAAGCGGUCCUGUGUGCGGAAACCAGAUCGUGGAGGGCGACGAGCAGUGCGACUGCGGUCUCAACGAGGCCGAGUGCACGGACAAGUGCUGCUACGCGCGUCACGCUGAGAACAAGUCGCUCGCCUGCCGCCUGAGGCCGUUCGCUCGGUGCAGGGCCAAGUGUCCCAAGGCGCCGGCCAAGCCCAACAUGACGGCGUGCAACAAGAACACGCAGGUGUGCCUGUCAGGCCAGUGCAUGGGCUCCAUCUGCCAGAAGUACGGACUGCAGGAGUGCUUCCGCAAUGCCAAGGGGCUGAGCAUCGACGAGCAGUGCCUCCUCACCUGUCAAGCACCCGGCUCGCCAAAAUGCAAGGUUGCGUGCGCCUUCCCGGAGAUGGCCAGCCACUGCGGCGCCAAGCUGCAGCCGGGGUCCCCGUGCAAUGACAUGCGCGGAUACUGCGACGUUUUUCACAAAUGCCGGCUCGUCGAGCCACGGGGUUUCCUGACGCGGCUGGGGGCGUUCUUCUUCGGUGGCAAAUCAGUCAACACCCUGUACGAGUUCCUCGCUCACCACCCUUUCGUAUCGUGCCUGGUGGUCCUCGGCUCCUCCUGGUUCAUGCUGCUCAUUUUCCGCUGCUUCGCUCUGCACACACCUAGCAACAACCCACUGAAGAAACCACCCUUCAAGCUCAAGGACACACUGCGGCACCCCAUCGAAACCCUCGUCAGCGCAAAGUUCCGGGUAACAGCAGGAAUUGAAGAGGGCUAUGCUGUGGUCAUCGUGCAGGAGCACCGCCACCACGUCAACAUGGACGUGACGCAUUGUCCAUUGACUUCAUCAGGAGUAAACUUCACUGUACACAGGCCUCGCCUUAUGCUGGCCAAUCCUUGA